AUGGCCUCCUCGCCGUCUGCCGAGGCACAGCGCCAAGCCGCACAGCAGCUGCUCACGAAGCCCACGCGCGCCACGUCGUCGCGCUCGCUGUGGGCCUCGUACGGCACGCUCUCCUUCCACGCGCCCGAGCUCGUGCUCAAAUGCAUCACCUCGCCGAGCAGCACGUCCUACUCGGAGAGCAGUGCCCGCAAGAUGCUCAGCUACCACAUCGAGGCCAAUUUCUACGCGCACUUCUCCACCUCGCUGCCUGCGCAGAUCGCCGUGCCCGUCUAUCUCACACGCACUCAAGAUCCACUGCGUCUCGUCCUGGCGGACAUCAGGCCUCAGUAUCCCGUGCUCGGCGAGAAGCGCGGCACGCUGAGCGAGGCGCAGCUUGAUACUGCCCUCGUAUGGCUUGUUAGCUUUCAUGAGCACUUCAAGGACACAAGCGUGGAGCAGCCUUGUCCGACACCGGAGCUGGCCAUGAAGCAAGAGUGGAAGGGCGAUGGGCUGUGGGAGCGAGGAGGCUAUUCAUAUCUCUCAACUCGGCAAGAAGAGCUCGACUCCAUCUCCAGCUCCUCUCCCUUCUCUCGUUUCCGCCGCGCGACGCCGCGUGGCACACUGGCAUCCGCCUUGGAUCGCUAUCUCUCCGCCUCAUCAGGUGCCUCCUCCAUACCCGCCACUCUCGUGCACGGCGACUUCAAGGCUGCCAACCUAGCGUUCAGCCGAGACGGCUCCCGUUGCUGCGCUUUCGACUUCCAAUACGUCGGCCGCGGGCGAGGCGUGUGCGAUCUCGUCAAGCUACUUCAGUCAUCUGCUCCACCUCAUCUCCUCACUUUGGACGGAGAGAAGCAGAUCGUGGCGCGCUACGCCAGCCUCAGAGGACAUGCCCUCGAGCAGAUCUGGGAGGAGUGGGAAGUGGCACUGCUCGACUGGACGCGCUUCCUCGCCGGCUGGGGCAUGUGGGGCAACGAUGAGUGGCUCACUGCUCGUGCCGAGGAGAUCCUGGCGCGCAAGGGAUGGGUCGAGAGCUUCAUGGAGAGGCAUGGCACGCAGGAAUGA